UUGCCUUCUCUCUUUCCAUUUUCCGGGCUCUUUCCACGUUUCUAUCAUUUUUAACUUGUCAAACUCUUGCUCUCUCCAUCUUCGUAGCUCUUUCUUUAUCGACUGUACCCUCCAAGAAAUCUAUCUUACGAUUGCUGGCUUCUACCAAUGAACAAGACCCAGAGGAAUGUGAAGUUUCUUCCCUUUCUUAAUGCCAAUAGGGGGAUUUUCAACUCUCUUGCUACACUCUAGGAGUUGUGGUUGUAUUUCAUCAUUGAGACCAACAAUGUUGGGACUAACUAGAGAUUCCUAGAGUCUGGUGUAUGUUAAUCAUUUAGGUGGAUGAUUGGUGGUGGAUUAUUUGUUUGCUGGUUGGGUUCACCAAUAUAUAUCAAGUGAGAAUCCCUUAUCCUAGUUGCUUAUGUUCUUCAAAAAAUAUAGUCUAAGGCCUAUUCGUUUGUUCUGAACUUUGACAUGUGAAAAUGUAAUAAUUAUAUUAAGAGGUAUCUUGACUUGGACAAGCCCAAUGUCAAACAUUGGUCCUACAUUUUCGUGCCCAAACGGUCUCAUUCCCUCUCUUUUUUCCUCUCCUCCUCGUGAGCCCCACUGCCUUUCACAGCACCGAUGCACAGCCCGAAUCUCCAGCAACCGGCUAAGAUGGAUUGAGUUCAAGAACAAUAAUGGAGAAAACUAAAGAGUAAGAAACCAUCAUCAGAAAGGCUCUAACUGCAUACAGAUCCCAAAAUUUCCCAAAAUUUUGGAAACCGAACUGCCGUUAGUCUGGACUCCGUGAGUUUGAAAUGUAAGAGGAAGGAUAAUGGAGUGUUCGCUUGCCAUUGGAUGGGACAGACUAUGUGAGCUCAUUUUUUAAAACAUUGGCGUGGUCCAUGAUCAUCCGAUUCGCACUCCCUAAAUGCCCUACUCUACUCAUCAGUCAUGCCGACGUUCAGUGUUGCGCUAAUUGUAGGCGGGAAAAUCCACAUGCUUACAAAACUAUAAAUAGAAAACAUAGGAAGUAAAGAACGAGUGAUUUAUGAAAAAUUGAAAAUGCACCAAUCUCCAACGGCUUCAUCCCAACACGAAGAAUCCAAGCGGUCCCUCGAUUCUCACCUCGGUUCUCCAGAAAAGCCAUCGAAGAUCGCACGAACUGAAGAUUCCAGUGAUGAAGAACGUUCUGAUAAUCCUCUAAACAUGAACCCAAACCCUAGAAUCCAAAGAUACUUGGUCGCAGUCGAGUAUAUCGGCACUAGAUUCUCUGGCUCCCAGAAGCAACCUAAUUGCAGAACCAUUGUUGGCGUUCUCGAGGAUGCUUUUCAAAAGUUUGUUGGACAACCUGUUUCAAUCUUCUGUUCAAGUCGAACUGAUGCUGGAGUGCAUGCAUUAUCAAAUGUUUGCCAUGUAGAUGUGGAACGCAUAAGCAAAAGGAAACCGGGUGAAGUGUUACCUCCUCAUGAACCUGGAGUGGUUAGAAGGGCAGUAAACCAUUUCUUACAGAAAAAUGAAGGUGAUAUAACAGUCAUAGAUGUUUGCUGUGUUCCAGCUAAUUUUCAUGCAAGAUUUAAAGCUCAAGAGCGCACGUAUUUUUAUCGCUUGUUAUCUGGGCCAGAGCCUUUAUCGACAUUUGAGAAAGAUCGUGUAUGGCAUGUACCAGAAGUGUUGGAUCUUGCUGCUAUGCAGAAAGCAUGUCAAAUCCUUGUUGGACAUCAUGAUUUCAGUUCCUUCAGGGCAGCUGGUUGUCAGGCAAAGUCACCUAUUAGAACUUUAGAUGAACUUCAUGUGGCUGAGGUAGUUUCCACUCCGUACUUCCCAUCAAUUCUAGAGAGAGAACAAAAUACUUAUACAAAGCAAGAUGCAUCUUCAGUAGACAUUGAGCAGCCUUUAGAAAUUUCUAUUCCCCAUCAUCAUAAAGUUGCAGAAUCCUCUGUGGCUGGUCAAGAAUUUGGGCAAAGAAGAAGACACCGUUCCUUUGUGAUUACAGCACGGGCACGUUCUUUUCUUUACCAUCAGGUCAGACUGCUUGUUGGUGUUCUAAAAUCUGUUGGCACUGGAAAUCUGACUACUGCUGAUGUUGAAAGGAUCUUGGAUGCAAAGACAGUGACAGCUGCAAGUCCCAUGGCGCCUGCUUGUGGUCUCUACCUUGGAAACGUGAAAUAUGAACUCCCUUGAGUUAUUAUCGAGUCCCAGGAAGUGAAGCAACGGAUUUGGUUGGGGUCUUCGACAUGGUUGUUCAGGAUGUUUUACUCUUCCGAAAUACUCGCUCAAGUCCAUCUCCAACAAAAAUGUGUGCACUGUGCAACUGUUUACAGCCCAAGGCAUUCUUAUGCGGUCUAGCACAAUCUCAUUGAAGAUAUCAGCCUCUCAAAAUUGAACAUUGGCAGUGGACCUUUUCAAAGUGGCUUACAGAAUGUGAUCCUUACGAUUAGAGGCAUUUCAUUACAUAUUUGGGUCCUCUUCUGUGGUUUAUAGGGAUGCCUAAAUUUUUGUUUAGAAUUCGAAAGACGCAUUUAAGAUCUAAAUUUAUAAUUGUAACAAGUUUAUUUAGGACAGCGUUAGAUCUGUUUAUUUUUUCCUUCCCAUCAUGCAGGGGAUACCAACUAAUAUGCUGCAGGUGGAUAAUAUUAAUAUAAAAAAGAAAGUCCUGCUAUGGGGAUUCUGAUUGGCCAAA